AUGCCGCUUUCCAAGCGAAAUGACAGGGUUCUUCGCUCGCUGGCGAGGACCGUAGGGAAGUUAUGUCACUUCUUUGACGAGAACCAAGUAUGGAAGAGUCUCCUAUCCAACGUCUAUCGUUACGACAAUGAAAGGUGUAGCAAGUACAACGAUUUUUUAAAAGGAUACUUAAAUAGCAGUGUACAUUACUGUCCCACAAAAUCGAAUAAGAAGAAAUUAAGGGGAGAACUGAUCAAAUUUUUGAGAGAUAAUUUGAAGAGUCAAAGUGGAUGUAAGGAAUCCAUAGAGGAUGUAUUUCUUGUAGGUUUUACUGCCAUUCGACAUCUUGGAAGAGUUAAAAAUUCGUUGCUGUUGGCUCUGUCCUCCAUAGGGGAUCUUCCAGCAGGGCAUAGAUACAACAACAGGGUGUGUUUGCCGAACAGGAAGGACAUAUGGCACUGUGAUGAGGAAAAGGAUUUAUUUAAAAGGAAUUUCCGCGUGGUGAAUUUUGGCGCGGCGAAUUAUGGCGCGGCGAAUUUCGGUGCGGCCAACUUCGGCACGGUGGAGCAAGAGGACUUGCCUGGGGAGGGAGCCAGCGGCAAGGGGAAGAAGCGCGCCGGGGCCUACAAGAAGGGGGAGCUGGGACAGGGGGGCGAGGCGGACAUCCAGAGCUUCCCCGUGAAACGAACCAAAAGCAGCAUCGUGUUGAAGAAGCCCAAUCACAAGCAGGAAAUAAAGAAGGGGAUGAUCCUUGUCGCACACCCACUGACAUCCAGCACCCUGUGGAAUAGAUCCAUAAUUCUAAUCACUCACAGGGACAAGAGUAACCUCGUGUGUGGCAUCAUAUUAAAUAAGCAUCCCUUGUACAAUAGCUACAUGGGAAUGUCCAACGAGAAGGAAAUUGUUAAUAUAUUGAAUAAGCUCUAUUUGAAGAAGCGAAAUUUUGUGAGUGAAUUCGCCGAUGGGUUUGCACAAGGGAGUAGCGUCGGUGGAGGCCCAGUUAAGGGGAAUAACGAAGUAGUAACCGAAAGCAGCGGCGAGGUAGCCAAAGCAACGAGAGAGAAUCAUCCUGUUGAGGAAGAGUCACAAAUUGGAACCCCUGCAAGUGAUGCAAACCACAUGCAGACACAGAAAAACACAGAAAAGGAGAACAACCAAAGUAGGAAAGAAGAAGGACUGGUUGUACUACAGAAUCAAUGUAUCGCAAAGGAAGAAAAAAAAAAUAUUAUAGAAAAAAAAUAUCACGUUGAAAGAAGGAGAGAAUCACGAUGUGAUCAUCAAACUAUUAGUGAUGAAUUCCCAACACUAAAAGAUUUGCAGGAAAUGUUUUUGAGGAUUCAAUUUAGAAGCUCUUCCAAACACUAUGCUAGCAGACAGAGGAAGCAGAAGAGUGUCAUCGCUGGAGAUGGAAAUGCUGUUGGUAUACAUGACACUAGAAAAAACAGUCUCUUCGUGAUGAUGGAUGAACAUCUACUUGAUAUCAUAACACACUACAUUAUCAAACUAAAUAAAGUCCCAAUUUAUCUCAGAUUCUUACCUUCCUACAAUAUAGGAUCUAUCAUCGAUAUAAAAAAAGAAAUUAAAAAGUUGCAAUUUUUAAAUGAAUUUUAUAAAAUUUAUUUUGAAAAAUAUAACAAAUGGAAAGUCGUUGUGAUUAAUAACCGUGUCCAUAUAUUUGACAAAGAGAAAAAAAAAAAAAAAAAAAAAUUCUUUCAGAUGGGAGAGGCAGCCAUGGGGGAGGCAGGCUUGGGGGAGGCAAACUUGGGGGAGGGACAGGGUGCGCUGGAAAAAACGCAGAAGACAAGGGAACUCACGGAGGAGGAGAUACAAAAGAUACACAAAAAAAUUAAAAAAUUUCAGGAGACUAAUCAGUUGUGUGACGAUGACGUGGAGGGGGAUAAGGGCCGUAGUGACGGAGGAGGGGAUGGUCGUGGCAAACGUAAGGAGAGGCAGAAAGGACAGAGGAAGAAGGGAGACGGAAGGAAAUCGGUCAGGAGAUCCGGUGCCAUGCAGCAACCAGUGGGCGCAGAUGUGCAAGCGAGCGAUGGCAAUUGUGUAGCGGGGGACGACCAGGCUGGAAGUGAGUACGAAGAGAAUGACCCGGAGGAGGGAGAAGAGGUAGAAGAGGAAGAGGAGGAGGAGUCAGAGGAAGAGGAGGAAGAGGAGGAAGAGGAGGAAGAGGAAGAAGAGGAGGAGGAGUCAGAGGAAGAGGAAGACGACGAUGAUGAGGAUGAGGAAGAAGAAGACGAUGGGGAGGAGGAAGCCUACCAAAAUGGAGAGAGUAGCGGGCGAGACAGACUCUCCCACUUGCACACAGCGCAGGAGCAAAUGGAGAGCUCCUCCACCCCUGCGGAAGGAACCCGAGUGAGCAAAACCAAAGUGGAAGCAACCGUCGAUGGGAGCGAUGCGGGUAAAAAGAACCCCUUGGAGAGGACCCCCGUGGAGAAGACCCCCCUGGAGAGGAACCCCUUGAGCUUUUUCUGGCUGGGAGGACCCCUGCCUGGACUGACCAUUCUCCACAACAUAAAAAAAUUUUCCAAAAAUACAAUCGUUAAUGAUUUUAUAUAUGAGGGGUACAACGAAAAUGUUAACACGGUGAGUUCGCCGGACGGGCAUGAAGUGGGAGCCGUGCACGAAGUGGGUGGCUUGCAUGAAGUGGGUGCCGUGCGUGAAGUAGAUGCCGUGCAUGAAGUGGAUGGCAGGCCUGACCUUGUGGCCGCGCAGAGUGUACCCCUGGAUGGAGUAAAAAAAGAAAGCGCCCCCACGCAAGUGCACCAGCACAAUGAAGAGAAUCAAACCGAGCGGGCAACCGCCCCACAUACGGAUGCCAUGCACGUAGAAAGGGACAACCAAAACGAGAAGGGGAAAGCCAGCGAACAGGAAAACAAACUCAUUAAGAGAUUCAUCGGGAAAGCAACGUGGGACAUAAACCAACUAAUGGAUGAGCUGAACAAUGACUAUUGGAUUGCUCUCAACUGUGACAGCAAGGAAUUGCUUUCCAGCAUUAUUUUUAACACCGCUGUAGGUGGAACCGCUGUAGGUGGCACCGCUGGAAGUGGCACCGCUGGAGGUGUGUACAAGGGAGAGUUCCUGUGGGAGAAAAUCGUAGCGUCCAUAAAUAACGACUACGAGAGCAUAUCACAGAUUCCCCAAAGUGUGAUAGACAGUGUGCUGCGCGACUUCAGGGGCGUGGAGAAUGACUAG